AUGAGCGCCGAAGCUGAACAUGUCGCCGUUCUGGUCGGCGAGGGCCAGAACACGACCGCAAAUGUGGCACCCGACACCGCCACCGCCUCUCGUCUCGCCACGCUGCCGGAAGAACUGCUGUCCAACAUCUCCGUCCGAUUGGGCUCCGAUGACAUCUUCUCGCUGCGUUUGACAUGUCGAGACAUUGAAGCCAAGUUCGCGACCGAGUACUUUGAUGCAAAAGGCUUCAUCUUCACCACACACAGCCUUCAAGUCUUGGGCCACAUUGCAAGCCACGCCAAGCUCCGAGAAUACCUCACCAAGGUCUACUUCGUGCCAGCCGAGGUUGCUAAGCCCAAAGCCCGCUGUGAGCACGGCCAUCCCGUUCGAACUACCGUGCGAGAAGGCGAGGCCGUCGCCUUCUAUGUCGCGGAUCAGGCCCAGCUUCAUGCUUCGGGCAUCGACAAGCAAAUGAUCGUCGAAGCGUUCUCCAAACUGCCCGCUCUCCGCCUCUUGGGGGUUGUUGAUCACCUAGGAGGACUGCCCGACGGGGUCGAGUGUAGUGGUAUUCGGAGGAUCUCUCGCACCACCGGUGCUCGGCCGUCACUCACAGGCAUCAGCCAAAAUCACGUCCCCCCGGCCAAGUUCAGCCAUGCUUGGCUGUCGCAUAUUUGGACUACCGCAUUCAACGCACUUGUCGAGAGCGGUGUUACUACGCUGACACGACUGGAGACCGAUCUUGCUGCAGGUCUUUCCCCCGUUACCGAUUUGAAGUUCCGAAAGAGCGCACUGCCUCAGAUCCAAAAUACUCUCGGCAAUCUCGAAGAGCUGUCGCUCCAGAUUCGCACGCAAAACUUUCGAAACAUAAAGCCAGAUCAACAUGAUGAUGGCCAGCGUGCUCGUCAGAACCUCAAGACUCUUGCACAAGCAAUUCCGAAGGUUACCAAGCUGAAGCUCAACUUUGAUCUGCCCCCCGCUCCCCCGUCGCCACUUGCUGGUGCAUUUUUCAGAGCCUUUAUGGCGAAGAUCGAUGUCGGAAUGCUGACGGACCUCUCCGUUGACACGCUCAGCAUAUGCGUCAAGGCUCUUGCAAGCAUGGUGUGCAAAUUGAGGUCGAUCCGACUGCUCUCGUUCAACAACGUGGACGUUGUGGACGGAGCAUGGACACCGAUCCUGAAGGCCCUCGCUCAGCUGCCGAAACUCAGUCACCUGCAUCUCAUGUAUCUUACCGAGGCGAGUAGCAGGGUCUACUUCCUUGAGCAAAUUGCUCUUGAUGGGGAUGAAUGGGCCCCUGGCGAUCUCUUCGGGCAGGCUGCCGCCGGUCACGAGGACCAGUGGACCGAAGACGGGACUAUCGACUCAGAUGACGAAAUUCCGCUGCUGAUACCUGACAUGGUGGGCAAGGAGUCCGAGCCGGCACUUGCGCCGUCAGCUGUUGCCGUCCAGGCUCCCUGCACCCAGAAUGGAGGCAAGGAGUACAAGGCUCCCGGUUGUCAAUCGCAUCCUGAACGUGGCUAUUAUGUAUGCCUCCAGGGAGAAGACGACAUCAAGCAAGAAAUCCCACGACUCAUUGAAAAGUACAACACCAUUGACGGCGCGAAUGAUGGCGGUUUCGGCGAUAUGAUCAUUAAUACUUUCCUCGGCGGUGCACCAUUUGCAGUUCCACCCGCUGCCAUGGGCAUGGCUGCUGGUCCCCCUCCAGGUAACGGUGCCAAUGCCAAUGCUAACGCGGGCGGAAACCCAACCGGCAUCCCGCAUGCUAAUCCACAAGCAAACGUCAACGUCGGUGGCAACCCUAUGGCAAAUUUGCAAGCAAUGUUCGGUGCCCCAACUCAAGUCGGAGGAAACGCGCAGAAUGGCUAUGCUACCUUUGCCAUUCCAAUUCCGGCGGGCAAUGCCGCCAACCCUUUUGCCCCAUUCSCCAAUCUCUUCGGAGGCGCUCCUCCACCAGCUCAGCAAGCUCCGCCCCAACAGCCGGCCCCUCCACCUCAGCAAGCGCCUCCACCCCAACUAGUGCCACAAGCCCAACCCGCUCCUCAACCCAACGUGCAGAACGCUGCGACAAGCCAUUCUCAUUUACCGAGUUGGAUUUCCACGACUGAAGGAGCUUCUGAUGAUUGGCUACUGGAGGAUGAGAUUGAUUGA